CUGCCUUCAAAGCGGUUCGGGGGGGGGGGUUCGUGUGUCAACAUCCAGGGUUUUCCCCGGGGAGGCGUAGCAUUAAUACCUGAUGUUGCCUUGAAACAGCCUUUUCUUUCCCUCAGACCGCGUUAGCAACCUGCUAAAGCGCAGAAGACGCUCCUUUUCUCCCGCCGCUUUGACGCUAGCUGUUGUUGUUUUAAAGGAUGACAGAGUACGACGUGCCAACAGCCUCUCCGCUAAUUUAAUCAUAUCUGGAGACGAGCUAGCUUAGCCAGCUGGCCUUGUAGUUUCGGUGAGACCAGGGAAACGCUGCGAAACGCAUCGCUGACAUGAUGUUUCCUCAAUCCAGGCACUCGGCGUCAUCCCAGUCCGGCCAAGCUCUGAAGUUCACCACCUCCGACUCCUGUGACCGAAUCAAGGAUGAGUUCCAGUUCCUCCAAGCACAGUAUCACAGUUUGAAGUUGGAGUGUGAUAAGCUGGCCUCUGAGAAGUCGGAGAUGCAGCGCCACUACAUCAUGUAUUAUGAAAUGUCCUAUGGGCUCAACAUUGAAAUGCACAAACAGGCUGAAAUAGUGAAAAGACUGAACGGGAUCUGCGCUCAGGUGCUGCCUUACCUGUCCCAGGAGCACCAACAGCAAGUCAUGGGUGCGAUAGAGAGGGCCAAGCAGGUCACGCCUCCUGAGAUGAACUCCAUCAUACGGCAACAGCUGCAGGUGCAGCACCUGUCCCAGCUGCAGGGCCUGACCCUGCCUGUGGCCCCGCUGCCCCUGGGCCUCACCCCGCCCUCCCUGCCUGCCGUCUCCUCCAGCUCAGGCCUGCUCUCCCUCUCCUCCAUCCUGGCCAACUACUCCCACAGCCAGCCGCAGGCGGCCAAGGAGGACAAGGCCAGGGACGCCGCGGAGAGGGCGCCCAGAGGAGAGGACGGAGACAAGUCUGAUUAGUGAAGGCACGCCGAGGUCACCGGGCCGAGGGGAGGUGGUGCGUGGGUGGUGGGGAAGGGGUGUAAGUGUUCAAAAAGAAAUGGAAAAACAGACUGUAAACGGGGGUUGAUGCAGGUCUGGUUGCUGCGUGUUGUAGAGGAGAAACCACAGAGAGGACGGCGCUGAACCGUUUGGAUCCUGAAACGCUUAAAACCCGAGAGGUAACGUCUGUUUCAUUUAGUGGUAAUAGACUCAGUUCAGACCUCAGACUUUCAAUAGUUUCUUUGUGUGUAAUCAGUUGUUAUUAGGCCUAACAAAUAUAAAUGUUUGUUCCUUUUUGGAGAGAGGGCUGAGUGAGAAACGAUAACGGCAGACUUUCUUCAUUUCCUUCCUGCCAGUCUGGCAGCGACAGAAAGCAGAUUUAAAAUCCUCCAAGUUCAUUUGGAUCUUUUGUUCUCCUCCAUGUUGGUGAAACUGAAGCUCCUGUCAGUUUAUUCUAAAUAAAACUCCAGGCUGUUUGAUACGACUCUGAAAGACAAACGUCUGACUCUGGAGUUGAUUGCUUAUCCCAGAUGAGCAAAAUCUGAUCCUAACUUUGAUCACAUUAGACGGAAGGCUUUUAUUUUACUGAGCUGCUCCUCUGGAGAGAAAAGGUUAACAUCGUAUUUUUAGGACCAGACUGAAGAGUGUGUUGUGUGUGUUGUUUUUUCUUCUUUUCUUUCAUCGUCAGGUUUCUAGUUUAUUCCUCUAAAAUCAGUUUUUUUGGUUUGUUUGCUCCCGAUAAAUCCAUCGUGAGACGAAGCUUCCAGUAAAUCACGACCCAUUAGGUGAAUUUCAGCUUUCUAUCAAAAACAUAAUCUUCCUCCAGUGCACAGCAGGAAUGGCUCCGUAUCCAACUAAAUCUUAACUUACAUGAAAUUCACUGACUGCAAUGUUGUAGGUAAAGAAAAGGUGAUAAAUUCGUUUCUGUUCUCUCUCUCUCGCCGUCGAACGCAGACGUGAAGCUCAGACAACAGAAUACUCUCAUUUUUUUUACUCUCUUUGGACUCAGAAUCCUUCCUUACUAGACUUUGAGUGAGUUGUAUGCAUGUCGCAUCGAUUCUGUGUUGAGUGUCUGUGCACAGAGAGCCGCGCUGCCUGCUGGCAUGUUGGAUCGGAUUUCAUUCGCUGGUGUAAAACAGUGUUUUUGCUUCUUUCUUUGUUUUUUCUCCGUCUCAUUUAAAUGCUUCAAGUUAUCAAAGCAGGUUUAAUAUCGGAGAAAGACAAGCUGAGUAAAUGUUUGUUUUGUACUAAUUAAACCAACCUGUUCAUAUGAAAGCACGUUAUUAUUUUCUUUUUUUUUUUCUAUCAAGUGUUGUGAUACCCGAGUCUUUAACGUCGCUCUAAAAUCUUAGAAAUUAUUUUGUAGCCCUUUCCUGACUGGAUGUCAAUGACUUCUCAUUUCUUCUUGAGUUUUCUUUAGUUUGGGCAUAAAGUGUUGCUGUUUGAGAUCUUUCAGCCCACCUGUGUUGUUAAACAGAAUCAGUUGAAGCGUUUCUUUAUCCUACAGGUGUGGCAAUAAUCACUUUGGGGUGUGGCUGGUGAAAUACAACCAGAAAAAUGCGUAUUGAUUCAUUAUUUAAUUCAUGAUUUAUCAUAAACAUCAAAUAUAUUUUUAAUGGAUCAGGUUGAUUUAGUGCUUUUUUUUUUUUUAAUAAACGUAAUUCCAAUUCAAAAGCCAUUUCUAAUUUUUAGGAGUGUCUCCGAUAGUUUUGAAUUUCUUCAAAUAGCAUCAUUGUUGGACUUUAAUUUUCUCUUCAGACAGCAGAGGGCAGCAUUGCUCUUUAUUCCAGGGAAAAAGUUUUGUUUUUUUUCCUCCCCCUGAUCUGCAUUUCCUGCUUGCUUUCACCCCUUUUACUCGAAUUACAUUAACAGCUGAGAUCAACUUUAAAAACGUUACCCUCCUUAUCUUAAUUUGAAGCACUUAAGAUUUGUAUGAGUCCUGUCCUGCUUUUCUUCUGGCUGCUGGAGAAGUUUAAAAAAAAAAAAAAAAGAAGAAAGUCUUGGUGAGAUUUAACUUUGACACAUCUGCGAGCUCGCUCUCCUAAAACUCCCUUUUGGCAAAACUCAGACUUGUGAAUAGUUUGUGUGUUUGUUUUGCUGUGAAGGGCCGAUUUGUAUACAUACGGAUAUAUCAAUAUACAUAUUUUUUAAAGCAUUUUUGUAUGUUUCAAAGCUGCUUUUUAAUGUGUGUGUGUGUGUGUAUAUCAUAAAAAGACCUUGGUGUCGUAUGUGUGUGCGUGCGCAUUACAUGCAUAGAGGCACAAUGUCGUAUAACAUCUUUGGUUUUUUUUGUUUAAUUUCCUUCUUCUCAUUGUCUUGUAACAUUAAUUCUAGUUUUCUACAUAUUUCGUUCUUUUUCUGUGCAAACAAACAAAAAAAACCCUGUUUAAAUGUGUCAAGAAACACAUUUUAAAAAUACUCGGGACAGAAAAAAAAUGAUGUAAGCAAGCAGCUUGUACUUAAGAAUGAAUCAACCUUUUAGCAGUAAGGAAGCUUCUCUGGUGCCUUACAAAUAAAAGAUGUGAUUAAGAGUG